ACUUUGGCGCCACACAAAACAUACGCUGAUAGCCUGCUCCUGAUACACACACGCGCGCCGCCGCCGCCUCCUCAUGGCGAUGGUCCCCGCGCACUUCGGCUCCCCUCCGCCACCGCCUCCUCCUCGUCUCCUCCGCCACCGAGCCACCUUUUCUGCCGGAUCCCGCCGGUCCGCAGCCGCCCGCUGUCGUAUUACGAGUUUGCGAGGGUUGCGCCGUUUGGGUUCAUGGACUGCGAAGGCGACGUCUGGGGCAGAAUCUUGUGCUGGUGGCGCCGAUCCGAGUGAGAUCAUUGAUGCGGUGGAAGCGGAAUCUAGCAAUCCUGGUGCUUCUUUCCUUGCAAAAGUGGCAGUUGCUCUGGGUGUUGCAGUGACGGUCACCGCGGUAUCGAUCUUAAUGAAGCAAUCUUCUGCUGGCCCUUCUUUCAGCUUGCCCCAGAUUAUCGAUGCUUCUACGCAGUCAGAUACAGCAGCAGCAACUAUCGGAUAUACAUUUCCUCUAUUUGGGAAGAAGGUGAUAAUUCCGGAAUACACGCCAGGGUGGGUGUACUUCUGGUUGCUCAUGGCUGCUGGAUUUGGACUGUUUAUCAGUGAAGAGGCUUUGAACGUUUGGGUUGGGAUUUCCUUAUCACGGACCCUUUGUUUGGAUGGAACUUGGCAAUCUUUUGUUAACUCGUUCUCGUCGAAUGCAUCUUAUAUAAUUUCUACAGUGUUGUGGGUUUACUGGGGUGUUUGUAUCAGCGAUAUGGUUCCCUUCUAUCUUGGGAAGCUUUUUAGGAAAACAAAAGCCUCUGAAGACAUAUACAGCAAGCUUGGAGUUAGCAAGGAGAAAGCCCUUAGUGUAUCCAGUGCGAUACAAAAGUAUGGGAAUCUGAUUGGUUUUGUUGAGCGAUUUUCAAUUGGUGUAAGGAAUCCCACAGCAUUUCUGGCCGGCGCAGCAGGCGUAUCCGCAGAUUGUUAUUUCGCUGGAGUUUGUUGUGGCUGUCUAUUUACUCUUCCGAUCCAGUUAGUGGUCGGAUUUCUUCUCAGAGAACGCCCAGUCGUGGCACUUGCAAGCGUCGCAGCUGCCGUGGGCAUCUGGACAGUGUUCCCUUACGCAGCGGCGGCCUUCACGGCAUUGUUCCUCUACCUCUGGCGAUACAGACCCAGCAGCUGAAUGCAGUGAUUCAUUCUGCACAGAUUCAUGGUGCAUGUCACCCACUUGACUCACCAAGACUCCAGGACUAUUUCUCUUGCAUGAUAUAGUCCUUUAAUUCCAGAAACUUUUCAUCGAAUGUGUUGAUUGACACUUGCCUUCCUCCGGCAUGAAGCACACAGUAGAAAUUUAUUGUAGGCUCUUUUGCUUUACUGUAGUACUGGUAUGGUACUGCAUGUUAGCGUCUGAACUAAAGAGCUGUGAAAUGUAAAUAGACCUGAAAAAUGUAAAUUAUGUAGUAUGCCAUUCUUGGAGUGCGGCGUUUUUUCUCCCGGGCUCGAGUGAGCCUGGGAUUUUAAAAAUUUCGGAAAUGAUA